AUGGAAGAGCUAACCGACUACACGCAGUUCGACGUGGCGGACGGCGAACGCGAUAUUGAGCGACCAAAGGCGCACCGAUGUCAGCGAGCUUCGGAGACCCUCAGCCCAGAAGAUAGCGCGACGAUGAGCCUGGAUCAGAAAUCCUCGAGGAAAACCAAGGAGCCCAAGACAAAGUACCCCUUCCAGCCAGCAAAGCCCAACAAGAUCAAGGUUGGCAAGGAGGGCUUCAGGAUCUCAGUCCCAUACGAUGCGAAAGCACAUGGGCCGUGGAAGCUACCAUCCCUUGCGUCAAUCAACAGCUGGUACGGCUUGACCUUGCCUAAAGGCGUCAAAGUAUGGAUGUACAAAAAGGACGGCACGCUGAAGGCCCAGUGGGAAAUCGAGGUCAUAAACCUUGAUAAAAAGAAGAGCAGCGAUACGCCCCUUGUGGCGCAACAGCUAGACGACCUAGACCAUGACGACGACACUUGGACCUGGCCAACCUUCAACACACUUCAUGUCGGCGACCCUAGCAGAUUGGCUACAACCGCACGAAUCAACAGCCAAAAUCCUAAUCACUCCUACAUCCUUUGGGGUGACGAGGGAAGAGAGCUGUACAUGCAGAAGUACAAGAUCAGCAGGGAGGAGUACUCCGAGAAGCAGCCUUGGAUUCUCAACGGCGGAUUGUACCGUCUGACCCAGGACCGUGGUGAUAAGGCCAUUGCCGAGUGGACCUGGUAUCCAUAUCUCAAGUUAAGUAUGGAUCCGGAGACUCGGAGAUCCGGGAUUGUGGAUGCCGCUCGCUCGAACGAAGCAACCCAGGACACACUUCCAGAAAACGAAUACGAGAAGCUCAAGGGAGUUGAAGAGCCAGCAAAGCUCGCCGCGGUUGCAAUGUCCAAAGGAAGAAAGGGCGGUGAUGAGGCGAACAAGGACGGCAAGAAGCAUCCGAAGACACCGUUCGAGACAUCACACCGCCAGAAAGCCUAG